AUGAGUGAAAAUUUUUCAAUAAGUGCAAGUGAAGAAAAGGUUGAAAGUCAUCAAAAAUUAAAAAAGAAAAAAGAAUGCAGUAGAAAAAAAGUUGAACGUAUAAAUAAUAAACAAUCAUCAUCAUAUAAAUCUCGUCAAUCAUUUGUUAAAGCAGUCAAACGUGUUCUUCAAUCAUUACCAAAAGAAACUUUACGUGAAGCACAUCAACUAUUUUUAAGUGAACAUGAUCAUACAGAUGCUUAUUUAUCAUUAGGAUCAUUUAGUGAUCUUCGACCAUCAAAUGCACUUCUUCAAUCUCAUAUGACAUACCGUAAUUGUUUGUGUGCUUAUCAUGAAAAUAUAAAUUUAUUGAUAAAACCAUUAUCAAAAUAUAUUCCAUGGCCUGGUUUACAUUCACUACAAGCAUUUUCAUCAACACUUGUUUGUUGCGAGACAAAUGAAGAAUAUAUUCAUAAAUGUGUUAGUGUAGUUCAUCAUAUUGCACAAGAAUUUAAUAUCAUUCCAAAAACAACAUCUCAUCAUCAACGUGAACAACGUUCAUUAUCAAUUGAAUUAAAACAAUUAGUUAUGAAUUUUUAUAGCCAGGAUGACAUCAGUUACCAGUUAUCUGAUAAACGUGAUUUUAUUACAAUUAAUAAUAAUAAUGGUACGUCAAAAACAAUACAAAAACGAAUUCUUUUAUUUAGUUUACGUGAAGCACAUCAACUAUUUUUAAUUGAACAUGAUCAUACAGAUGCUUAUUUAUCAUUAGGAUCAUUUAGUGAUCUUCGACCAUCAAAUGUACUUCUUCAAUCUCAUAUGACAUACCGUAAUUGUUUAUGUGCUUAUCAUGAAAAUAUAAAUUUAUUGAUAAAACCAUUAUCAAAAUAUAUCCCAUGUCCUGGUUUACAUUCACUACAAGCAUUUUUAUCAACACUUGUUUGUUGCGAGACAAAUGAAGAAUGUAUGUUUAGUCAAUGUUCUUUAUGUGCAAAUAACUUCGAAAACAAAAUAAUAAAACAUGUUACUAAUUUUAUACAAUCAGUUAAUNUUAGGCUAAUCAUCUUUAAUUCUAAAAUAAUCUAA